UUUUAAAUCAAUAGAUACAAUAUAUAAUAGAAAGGAGAAAACAAAACUGUUAAAUGAUGCUACAAGGGAAAUUCAUAUAUUUCUUUAGUAGGUUGUGGUGACUGAGGCAUGCUCAGGAACAACUGAAAAGCCCGAUUGCAAUUCCCUAAAGGGGAAAACACCUUUCGGAGUAUCUGAUAAAUCCGAUCGGGCUUAGUGGGCUCGGCAAUGAUAUAACCGGUCCCAAAGAUUUUCCCAUCGUUCAUCAUUCAUCCCUUUCCCUCCAUCUCCUCUUAUCUAUCACCCAACUGUCCACCAUAUAUGGCACAGGGGUUCCAUCAUGUCUAAUGUUACCCAGUCUGCCUUGAAACAGGCCACUCGCGCCUACGCUCGUCGACUGUCGUCAACGCAGCAUGGCUCCUUUACCUCUAUGCUUCCCCGACGGGUGCUUGCCACUCCGCCUAGACGGUUCUAUGUCUCAGAAACGAAGGCUGGAAAUGCCCAGGUGUCGGUCGAUACCGCCAUUAAGCAAGAACAGAAGGAGUAUAUGAAACAAACAGGGGUGCAGCCGCAGAAGGUUAAGCUCCCUAGCGCUGGCGUUUCCGGUGACGCCUCGAUGAGUCCGACGGCCGGCAUUCUUAAGCAAGCUACGAUCAUGGAUGAGGGCACGCGACCAAUCUAUCUCGAUAUGCAGGCGACGACGCCAAUGGACCCACGCGUCCUUGACGCCAUGCUCCCUUUCCUGACCGGCAUCUACGGUAACCCUCAUUCGAGAACCCAUGCGUAUGGCUGGGAGUCGGAAAAGGCGGUCGAGCAAUCUCGAGAGCAUAUUGCUAAGCUGAUCGGCGCGGACCCAAAAGAGAUCAUCUUCACGAGCGGCGCUACGGAGAGCAACAACAUGAGCAUUAAGGGUGUCGCGAGGUUUUUCGGUCGGACCGGCAAGAAGAAGCACAUUAUCACAACCCAGACUGAGCAUAAGUGUGUUCUUGACAGCUGUCGGCAUCUUCAGGAUGAGGGCUUUGAGAUUACGUACCUGCCCGUGCAAAGCAAUGGUUUGAUUCGGAUGGAAGAUCUUGAGGCGGCCAUCCGUCCCGAGACGGCCCUGGUCAGCAUCAUGGCUGUGAACAAUGAGAUCGGUGUCAUUCAGCCUCUGGAACAAAUCGGAAAGCUCUGUCGCUCGAAGAAGAUCUUCUUCCACACUGACGCUGCCCAGGCGGUGGGGAAGAUCCCUCUGGAUGUGAAUAAAUUGAACAUCGACUUGAUGUCUAUCUCGAGCCACAAGAUUUACGGCCCCAAGGGCAUCGGAGCUUGCUACGUUAGACGUCGGCCCAGGGUGCGCCUUGACCCCCUUAUCACCGGAGGCGGACAGGAACGAGGUCUGCGCAGUGGCACUCUCGCCCCCCACCAGGUAGUCGGAUUCGGUGAGGCUUGCCGUAUCGCUGCCCAAGAUAUGGAGUAUGACACCAAGCACAUCGACCGGCUGUCGAAGCGCCUGACCGACGGGCUCCUAUCCAUGGAGCACACACACCUUAACGGAGACCCUGAGCAUCACUAUCCCGGAUGUGUUAACGUAUCCUUUGCUUAUAUUGAAGGAGAGUCUCUUCUCAUGGCUCUGAAAGACAUUGCUCUGUCGUCUGGUAGUGCCUGUACCUCUGCAUCAUUGGAGCCUAGCUACGUCCUUCGUGCCCUGGGCAGCAGCGAUGAGAGUGCCCAUAGUAGCAUUCGGUUUGGGAUUGGACGCUUCACCACAGAUAGUGAGAUCGACUACGUGCUGAAGGCUGUACAGGACCGCGUCCAUUUUCUGCGGGAGCUGAGCCCUCUGUGGGAGUUGGUGCAGGAGGGCGUCGAUCUGAACACGAUCGAGUGGAGCCAACAUUAAAUUGUAAUAUGCUUCGGAUGGGGUCCCCGAUUUUCCAGAAUGACUGUAUCGGGCCGUGGUCUGGAUCUCUAUUUCUCUCCCCUGUUUUAUAGGUUC